AUGGGAGGGCUGGCCCGGAAGGCGACCGCGGGCCCUCGGAACCGGCGCCGGGGCGGCCGCUCGGGCCUGCAGCGUGUGGACGUUGGUGGGCGCGCGGGGUCACUGUCCCCCGGGGCCUGGCGACCUCCCGCCUCCCGCAGCGCGUGGCUCCCCCGGGCGCCCGCGGAGCCCCGGGCCGCGAGCUCUCCAAGGGCAGCCCGCGCCCGGCAGCCCCGGUCACCCCGGCCGUGUCCACGCGGCCCCGUCCCCUCCGAGCCUCUCCCACCUGAACUUGGCGCGCGCCUGGCCAGCGGCCAGGCCCCGGCGUCCUGCUGGCCGCCCGGGCUGAGCUGGGGGCGGCCGCCCGGUCGGGGUCUGGGCGGCCGCGGGCCGGGCCGCGGGUCUCUGCGCUCGCUCGCCCGCUGCCCGCUGCGGCGGAGUCUCGCCCGCCGGCCGCGCUCUGCGCUCCCUCCCGGCCGCUCACGUGACGCCGCGGGCGCCGCGAAGGCUCGCAGGAGGCUCGGCCUCGGGCGCGCUUCCCAUUGGCCAGCGCCGCGCGUCACGCGCCCCGCCCCGCCCAGGCCCCGCCCAGACCACGCCCCCGACACGCCCCCGCCACUCCAGCCCCCAGCGCCGCGCAGGGCUCAGAGCCCGGGAGCUGCUGGUGCUGUGCGCAGCCAGAUCUGGCGCCCGACCCGGCCUCCAGCCGCCCACCCGCUGCCUCCGCGUCCACGAGGGUCCGCUUCCCAAGCUCGGUCCCCAGGUGAGGACGUGAGGCGAGCCCUGGGGCCUAUGAAGGGCGCUGAAAGGGUGCCCCCGAGCUGUCCACCCACCGGGGACAUGGCUGGCGGGGUCAGCUGCGCAACCCCGUGUCCACCCCGCGCGAUCCGCUCUCCCGGUGCUGCCGGGUGA